AAAAGUGUUAAAAGGCAUAAAACCCAUCUCCCACUCUGUCUUCGACUCGUCGUUUGGUUUCCGUAAACCUCUGUUUCUCGUCCUUGUCUGCACACAAACAACAGACAAUGGCACCUCUGCAGCAUUCUUGCCUUUAGUUGAAAUUGCCCAACAAACGGGGUUUGAUGUUUUUCCUCUGAGGCAGAACAGGAGCUUUGAAAACUGGAAGUUCAAUUCCUUUGUGCUGCGGAUGUGAAGAUGUUGUGGAGAUUUGAUUGGGAAUAGAAUUCUGAUGAUGAGUUCGGUGGUUGGAGCACAAGGAUUGGCAUAUCACUUAGUGGGACUGUAGCAGAUUGUAAGCAUGUACAUUUUGUGCAUGAUAUGUGGUGUGGAAAUGCCCCAUGUUUGAUUCGGCAGGAACUCGUUUUGGUGGAGGAUUUCUUCUCAUACUUUAAUUGAGUGAAGGUUGGUGGACUUGCGGUCUUGGGGACAAUUGAGUGAGGUGGAGUUUUAAUAUGGGGAAGCCCGUGGUCUGGAAACUUUGAUAGUGCUCUUUUGGGGCAGAGAGGUUGAUGCAGUAGAAUGAAGAAAACUUUGGGGGAUGCCUCUUCUGUCAUAUGAAACUCAUAUUUCAAACAUUUUAGAGAGUGAAUCAGCGUGUUACUGUGGUACUUGGAAGCAACGGACACCAGAUAUUAGUGAGGUGGUUUCAGAUGUGUAAAAAAUGUGAUGAUCAUUGCAGCUGCAGAAGAGCUCAACUAAUCUCUGAGGAAAACAAGAAUUUUGAUGAUUCCCGCUCCUUGAAUUUUCCCAGAAGCUCUUCCCAGCUUUCAGCAGUCACCAUGUCAGAAAGUUCUGCACCUAAUCUCGUUUAUAAAAGGAGGAAGUUACAAGGAAACCGUGUCACCGUGUUUCCAGGAGAGCGAGAAAACACUAUAAGUGGUGAUUUUUUUUCUUUUCUAAAUUCUGAAGCUUCUACAGUUGCUGCUAAGGAAGGGCUUGUAUCUCAAUUACACCAUGAAACUGAAGCUACUCGAGCUCAUUCUGUAGCUCCUUGUUUAUGCAAGAGAGUCAAUCAUGUUUUAAAUUCAGAAUAUUGUAAUGGAUGUUCUGCUGGUGAGGAAUUAGUUUCCGAUGAAGCACCUAAAAAUAACAUGCAAAAACUUUUAGAGGUAAGCAGCGUGAAUGAUAGUUGCUCAUCAUCAAAGUCAAAUAUGGAGCAUGUUUCAACUUCUGCAAAGACUGAAGUAGAUGAAACAGGUGAGUGCUCCUCUUCUAGUGCAAUAGUUAUGGAGGCUGUGGGAGACCUGUCUGAAAAGGAUCUAUGCAUCUCUAUUCUUAGAAGCCAUGGACUGCUUGGGGAUUCUCAGGCUACCAUGAUCGGUGGUUCUGCUGAAGACACUGACACCAUUAGCGGUGAAAUCCAUCGCCGGUCAUGCAACAUUUGUAGUCGUUCUGGAACCACUUUGAAAAUGCUAAUUUGUGAUCAUUGUGAAGAGGCAUUUCACAUGUCAUGCUGCCACUCCCGUAUGAAGAAACCACCUAUUGAUGAAUGGUUCUGUCAUUCUUGUUUGAAAAAGAAACAUAAGAUUUUACAGGAGAAAGUGACCAAAACAUCGCCCAAUAUCAUGAGUGUCAUGAGUAGGGAAGCAUCAUCCAAGGGCCAAAUGAAUCCCAUAAUGUUAAUGCUGAGAGACAUUGAGCCGUAUACAACUAGUGUUCGGGUUGGUAAAGGGUUUCAAGCGGAAGUUCCUGACUGGUCUGGCCCAACAAAUGGUGAUAUCAGUGGCAAUGGUGAACCUUUGGAACUAGAUUCGUCGGAGUAUGCUAGAUUGCAUGGGCUGAACUGCAAUAAACCUUCUAGACAUAGCUCUAUAGGUAAUUGGCUUCAAUGUCGAGAAGUUGUAGACCGCGCAAAUGGAACUAUAUGUGGCAAGUGGCGCAGGGCUCCUCUUUUUGAAGUCCAAACUAAUGACUGGGAGUGCUUCUGCUCUAUCCUUUGGGAUCCAAGCCAUGCUGAUUGUAAUGUGCCUCAGGAACUGGAAACGGAUCAAGUUCUAAAGCAACUGAAGUAUGUUGAGACGCUGAGGCCGCGGUUAUCUGCUAAACAGCAUACUUUGGAAGGAACCAAGAGUGCCGGUGAUUUGAAAAACCGCAUAGUAGGUACAAAAAGUAUACAAACUCUAUGAUAUGGUGAGAAGUGGGGUAAAAGCGUGUAUAGAACCUGGGUCGUCAGUCAUUGAACAUCAUAUAUAUCAAAUCGAGUUAGAAAUUUUGAGCACAGUUAACUGGAUUAUGGUUUAAGUUACCAGUGUUUGUUGUUUAUAUCAAAUCGACUAGGAUGUAGCCUGCACUGCACAAUGCGACAAGUCAUUGCUGCAUCAAGAUAUAAAUUAAAGUGCUUCUUUUUGAGGCUGCCAAAAAAA